CUGCGCGCGCAUUUCAGACAUGUCAUUUAAAUUUUGUACGUGAAAAAAUCCACUGCGACAGUUAAUAGGUUAUUUUUACCAUUUCUAACAUUUUCUACCUAAUAUUUUUCUUGUUAAAUGUAUUUAACAUAGUUUAAACUACCUAAAAAGUCAAUAGUGAUAGAUUAUCGAUUUAAUUUCUGAUUACUAUGGUGAUUUGAGUGUUCCGGUUUGUAGAUAAAAGGAAUUAGGCAGUAGAAUGUCUUUGGCAGUUACCAUGUGGACAGUCUGCGUACCGGGGUGGGGCGCGGCUCUGGCGGCUGGUGCGCUGUUGCUCUAUGGCUCUCUGGACGUGGCGUACUUUGCCCGUAUGAUGUACACCGUCGCCCGUGCUCGGUACUUUCGCAAGAAGGCCUGCAUCUUGGAAACGACGGAAAUCAAUUCUUGGUGUCUUCUUAACGACAUAGACACGUUGCUGUACCAUAUGAACAACGCGCGUUAUUUGCGCGAACUGGACUUUGCGCGCGCGGACUUCUACGAGCGCACGGGGCUGUACGCUAACAUUAAGGCGGCUGGCGGUGCUGUGGUACAGGCAGCGGCCACUAUACGCUACCGACGAUACCUCAAGCCGUUCACACGCUUCAAAAUCACAUCUAAAGCAGUAUACUGGGAUGAGAAGACAUUGUUCAUGGAGCAUGAGUUCGUGGGUCCCGGGGGCUUCGUACACGCAGUGGCGGUGUGCCGGCAGCGCGUCAUUGAUACCUCCGCGGCGGCCAUCGCUGAGUUGCUCCUGCAGUUGCACUGCGCCGGUACCUGCCAGCCCACGCCCGCCAAGAUGCCACCGGAGUUGGAACUAUGGGUGCAGAGCAAUGAGAUCAGCUCUGCGAAGCUCCGAGCUCCACAGAUGCCCCAGUCCAUCCUGCACACAUCGCACAACCUCGGCUGCGGCGAAAUGGUACCGAGCCUCGACACCGAGUGAGACGGGACACACUGUCCAACAGAACUACGGUCCCGCUCGCACGUACUGAAGCAGGCGUAAGUGCGAGGGAGACGGAAAACCGUAGGUAUUUUGGGCAGUGUUUAUAAUCAUUCAAUUUGAAGUUGUCAACAACAACGGACGUUUCUGAAGCUUGAUGUGCUUUUUGAUGUAUACAAAUAAUAUUUGUAAAACCACUUUUAGAUAGAUUAUGAAAUGUAGUUUUUAAUGAGUGUCGUAUUAUCUAUAACCUUGUAGUAUUCCAAAUAUAAAUAUAAAUGAAAUUAACAAUUACUCUAUUUAAUCGUGUUAUUUUUUUCAUUUAAAUUAGUCAGUAGAAAAAAAUCACUUAGUAUGUUUGGUUUCAGCCUUUGUACUCAUGUAUAGAAAAUCGCGCAAGUUGUACCUUAAAAGUAUAGAUGUAUCUAAGACUAAUUGUAUUUAAAAUAAAAGCCUUUAAAAACUAAUAAACGCAAGAGGACUUAGAAAGUAAGUAUUAAGAAGAAACUGCUUUUCUUUUGAACCUUUUAUUAUAUCAAAGAGAAGAGAAAUCUUGAUGUAACUUGUAACAUAUUGCCUUCUCCCUCGUUCUAGUUGAAAAGACAGAGACAACAAGUUAUUUUUGUCCACGUUAAAUAGAAGUGGAAGCUUACGAUUAACCUUAAAAAUAGGUAUUAAGAUUCAUAAGAAAUACAUAAUAAAAUACAUAAACAUUUCAAAUAUUUGUAUAUAUUGUCUUUAUAUUAAUGAAAAUUAUUAUUUACCUACAUAUUACUGCGGUACUGAUUUACCGUUAAAUAUUUUUAAAUUAAUAAAAUUUUAUCAAUAUUCGCUUGUGUAAAAUGUAAUCGUAGAAUUUGAUCAAAUUAAUUUCUUAUUAUAACCUCAAAUAUGUCGGUGUUGUAAUUUCAAUUUUAUAGAUUAAAAAUAAUUGGUUAAAUCUAUUCCCUUACCUUAUAACCUAUUAUAACCUUGAAAAUAAUCGGAACUUUUUAAUUUCUAAAAUAAUAAGUAGUGUUUAUGUCGUAGUUAAAAAGUGAUGUAACAUGUUGAACGAUUAAAUCGUUUUAAAAAUGUAUCGUGUUUAUUGUAUUUAAAAAAUUAGUAUGCAAAUAUAAUCGUUAAUCUUUACCCAUAAGUGUCAUAAUCGCAUGCACAAAUAGAAUUAUCGUUGUUUUUUUCACUUUGUGAUAUAAGAAGGUCCUUGGCAUUUUUAUUGUAAAAAAAUAUUGACAAUCUCCGGUGACGUCGCUAUUUGACAACUAGUAAAAACAAUUUUGUUAAUUUCAGUAUUAAUAAUUGAUUUUUUUAAUGCCAAGUAUGAAAUCAUUAAAUAUAUUGUUUGCGCAAACUUACCGAAAUAAUUGAACUGCACUUUUUAAAGUGUUCCAAUCUCAAAUUUAUUUGCAUAUCAAAGAUGAAAGACGAAAUAUCCCUGUAAAAGUAAAUUCGUGCAUUUAGACAAAAUUAAUAGUUUUAUUUAAUUUUAAUAUUUUUUGCCUUCUUUAAAAUGUAGACAAAUAGAUAAUAUUGAAAUAAUGAAAGUGUGACACAACUUGACAUUUAAUCUUCUCUCUCUUUCAAAUGUGUUAUUUCUUCGUUACAAUUGACAAUUUUUUUUUAUUCUAUGCGGUCAAAAGCUAGUUAAAAAACAAAGCUAUUAAUG